AUGUCAUCUAAGCAGCAGCGCUUUUCAUCUACCUUGCAAAUGGCUGCGAAGAGCAGAACUCACACUGCUGCCCCGCUGCCACCUCUCUCGGCUCUGCCCACCAAAGUUCUUCUCCGAUCAUUGCUGGUUUCUACUAUAUCCUCUAAGCCACUUCUACUAGGCCCCUCUCUCUGGCUUAUGUCAAUCCUUUCCAAGCCAGACAGAGGCUGGCUCACGAAUGUGGACCGCAAUCCCAUUUUGCAUGGAAUCUUGAAGAAGACAUUCUACGAGCAGUUCUGUGCGGGUGAAACUGAUACCGAGACAAGAGCCACAAUCCGUGAGCUGAAGGAUAUGGGCUUCCGCGGUGUGAUUAUGACUUAUGCCAAGGAGACUGUGUUUGAUCACCGUACCAACACCCAGCAGGGGCUGGGUAUUGCCGCGCUGGAUGCGGAAAAGAACGAUGAUCCUCUACAUCCACGGGUUGCUCACUGUGCGAACAUCGAAGCAUGGCAAAAAGGAACCCUUGAGACAAUUAAACAGCUCAGCGAUGGUGAUUAUCUGGCUAUGAAAUUGACCGGAGCCGGUCCCAUCGUUACUGACGCCUUCUCCAAGGGCGAACUACCACCAAACCAGAUGCUCGACGCCCUAGACGAAAUAUGCAGGCGAUGUGAAGAACGCAACGUCCGCAUUCUCGUCGAUGCCGAGUCCCACCACUUCCUAUCAGGAAUGCGUAGAACCACCCUCGACCUGAUGCGGAAAUACAACCACAAUGGAUACGCCCUGAUCUACUUCACAUACCAAGCCUACCUCAAGAGCACGCCGGCCACACUCGAAAGACACAUGACAGCGGCACAACAAGAAGGUUUCACACUUGGACUGAAAUUAGUGCGUGGUGCUUACCUCGCCUCCGACGAACGUUCCCUGAUCCACGACACAAAACAAGACACCGAUGAUGCCUACAACGGAAUCGCCCAGGGAGUUCUCGAACAGAGCUUUGGAAAGUUCGGCACUGAGACUACCUUCCCAUCUGUGAACCUGUUCUUGGCCAGCCACAACAAAGCGAGUGUCGUGGAUGCUCACCAACUUCAUAAGCAGCGCACCGCUGCAGGAUUACCUACCGUCCCUGUUGGAUUUGCUCAACUACACGGAAUGUCGGACGAAGUCAGCUUCUCGCUGCUCCAGCUUAAGGGGGCCGAUGGAACGCCUGAGGUGUACAAGUGCUCGACUUGGGGUACUAUGGGCGAAUGCUUGGCUUAUCUACUUCGGAGGGCUAUUGAGAAUCGAGAUGCGGUUAUGCGUACCAGUGAUGAGUAUGAUGCUUUGAAAGCAGAAUUUGGACGGAGGAUUCGGGCUGCCUUUUCCUUUUCUUCUUCAUGA